CCGAGCAGCAGCGUAAGGCCCCACCGCCGCCGCCCAGCCUCACUGACCACCCUAGAUACUGCCACCGCUGCGCCCGCGGCUUCAAGACUGAACGCGGUCUUGAAAAGCACAUCGCCGACUCGCGGCGCCACUGGGAGUGUCCAAAGUGUGGCUUCGAUGCCGACGGAUGGGAUGAUCUGCUGGCACACUGCCGCGCGACGAAGUGCCGGUCGGUCUGCCAGGGCUGCGAUGACGGCACGGGAGAACACUGGGAGUAUAAUUCUCGCGAAUUCUGGCAGCAUGUUGAGAAGUGUCAUGUGUGUACAGAGUGUGAGGUGCACUUUGACAGCCUGCUUAAGCGGAUGGUGCACGAUUCGCGCGUGCAUCGCAAGGCCACUAGGUGCAACGAUGAAGGGUAUGCCACUGAGAGCGCGUCUUCUGACAGCUCCCAUCGCCCCGAGUACGAAUGUCUGAUGUGCGACCGCUUGUUCACAACGUACGGCGGCAUGAUCCUCCAUCUCGAAUCCGGCUGCUGCAGCGACAUCGACUGCGCCGACCUCGACAGACUGGCUGCCAAUUGCAGUCGCUGGCGCGAGUUUGUGGACAUCAAUCACCGGGAUGCGAUGCUUAGGUCCGAUGAUAUUAGCGCCUACCUCGAGCUGUAUUUUUGCCCGUGCUGCGAGAUGCCGAUGACGGAGCUGUCUGGUUUGUUUCAGCAUGUUGAGUCGGGGGCUUGCGAACAGACGCUGGACGUUGGUGCUGUUGGGCAGCUGCGGCGGUACUUGGCGGUAUACGUCCAUGUUUGAACAAUACUGUGUCGAUCAAAACUUCGUGGCAUUAUAACUGAUGGAGAGGAAGGCAGGCAGAGUCAAGGCCUACGCGGGAUUUAAGGGCGAUACGAUUCAGGGGACGUGUACGAGAUAGCUGGCGCGGCCGUGAUCUAUGGCUGUCGAUUGAUGGGAACGUUAUUACCGCUAUGCACAUCUUCCCG